AUGUCUGACCUUGACCGUGAUAGUGAGGCCUCCUCCGUUGACGAAUUAACCAAGCGGUUCGUCACGCUGCUGAGCAAAGAGGAUUUUGAGACACAUGUGGUGGGGGAACCCGAGGCUCUCUGUGCGCUGGUAGUUACGACUUUCUUAUGUCCACACAGCGCCAAACUGUUACCACUCGUGAAGGAACGUUUUGUGCUGCGGGACCGUCACCAAACCCGGCGCGUGCGGUAUUUUAAUGUCGCUCUUGUCCCUGAGGAGCGAACAAAUAUUCAGCAACUUAUUGAAAAGGAUCCGGUGUAUAUUGCUACGAAGCGCCCACCCAGUAAGGUGCAGAAGCAAGAGUUGCACAGACAGGCAUAUGAGAUGCUCGUAGAGCUGUUAUUGUUUUUAGAAGUUCGCAGCACCCCCUGCAUGUUGUUUUUUGUACAGGGAAAGAUUGUAAAGGAUUCGGAUGAUUUAAAUGCGCCACGUCUGAUUGCGGAAGGGAGUUCCACGGCGAAAUGGGAGGCAGUAUUGCAGAAUGCUGUUAUUCGCCGCAACACUAUUAUGAAGGAAUACGACGAGGCGAAACGAAUGGAGAAGCGGCGAUUAGAGCGUGAGAGGCGGCGCGAGGCGAGGAGACGUGCGAGGGAAGAAGAAGCGGAAGAGAAUGAAGAGGAAGAGGAGGAUUAUUAG